CUAAGAAAACACACACAAAAACAAAACACAAGCACAUUUUACGUAGUUCUUAUUAACACAAAAGUUUCUAUAUAUCUUUUUAAAAUUCAUUAUGCCUGAAGACUUUGUAGUUCCCGCUGGCCGUUACACUGUUAAGAAACGAUUUCGACACCAGGAACACAAGCGAAAAAACAAAGACUUGCCAUGGUCUAAGAAAAUAUUGGAUUUGGAUCACCAUAAACUGUUUGGACGUACCGCUUGGGGCUGGACAAGAAUUGUUUCAUUCUAUCUGUUGCUAUAUUUUCUAAUCUUAUUGAUCUUGGGUCUUUUGAUGCUACUGUUCAAGCUAGUAAUUUUGAAAGAUGAUGCACCACGAUGGCUUAAGGAGGCACCCGGCAUUUCGACAGUGCCCAAUUCCAGCUAUAUAAAGAUACAUUCAAGCAUGCCAAAGGAAAUAUAUAAAAUUACUGACCGAAUAGAUAAAUUUAUAGAGAAAUUGGAUGGAUCUGCUGAGAAGAAAUUCGCCGAUUACAACAAAGACCAAGUUUGGGGAUAUUCUACCAAAACGCCAUGCGUUUUUAUAAAGAUUAAUAAAAUAAUUGGAUAUACGCCGGUUACCUAUGAUUCGGUCAGUGAUCUACCGGACAAUAAUCAGCUGAAAAAUACAGUGCUCAAUUUUCCUGGCGCCAAGAGAAUCUGGUUGACAUGCGACGCUUCACAAACGAAUGUCCAAUUUAAUUAUAUACCUGGUCCGUAUUUUGACACAUCAACCAGUUUGAUGGGGAUCAAACGUGUUGUCGCAAUGCAGAUGACCCGUGUACCGCUUAAUAAAGAGAUAUAUAUUAAAUGCAAAAUUUGGGCGAAAAACAUUGAAAUUGACAUGAAAUACAAUGGCUGGGGUAAUGUACAAUUUUCCUUGAUCGUGUACGCGUCAUAGGGAGCGAAACUCUUCAGGAUUUCGCGACCAUCUGAAUGUAUUUACAUAUAUGCAGCAAAAGACAUUUGGCCGUUCCACUCAAAUUUGAAUUUCAAAUGUAUAUCAAAUUGUAUAUAAAUAAUAUAUUAAAUAAUCUCAUGCCGAGAAUGUA